AUGCUGACUCGCCUUCCAGACUCUCAGUCUUCAGGGAAGGACCAAAAGCCCGAUACCCAAACCUCGCUGGCGCCACCACGACGCCCAGCCGGAGCCGCCCCUAGUGAUACCCCGGAUUACUUCAACUCCGUUCACAACCCUUUCUCACUGGAGCCCAACCCGUUUGAGCAGUCGUUCAGCAGCAAUCCCGGCGACACUCCCGGCAAGUCGCUGCUGCCGCCCGUCGCGUCCCUCACCUCCCCGGCCUUGCCUGGUGCAAGCUCUGCCGGUGGAUAUAACUGGUCCAACUCCCUGCGCUCAGGGCCCUUGAGCCCCGCCAUGCUUCCCGGUCCCACUGGAUCUAACGAUUAUUUCGACAGUAUUGGCAGAGGCUUCCCAACUCCCAACGAAUCGUCACUCCGCACUGGUCUGACCCCGGGUGGUGGUGGGUCGAUGUUCCCGGCCCCCAGCCCUAACUCGCAAGCCCUACUUCAGCAACUUCAAAACGGCGGUGCCACACCGUCUACGAUUGAGUUCCACCGCACUGCGUUGGCCGCCCGGAAGAACAGCGCAAAUGGUCAAGGCAAUGACCAAGACCCGACCUCGAACCCGACAAUGGACACUAAGCCUCAGCCCUCGGCUGAUCAAUUCACCCAGCACGAUGCUGCAGAUGCCGCCAACGGUCUCUUUAUGCUCGCCAAAGGUGGUCAGGCCAAUAACAUGCAAGCGAACCCGAAUAUGCAGAAUGAGAGCCGCGCUGCUCGGCGCGUAUCGUCAAACACGAACGGUACUAGUGGCCGUGAGAUGAGCGGUGAAGGGUCGGAGCAAGAGCCUUCCAGGCCCGCUGGUAAGGGCAAGGGCAAGAAGAAUGCUCCCAAGGCGGCUUCGGCUGCCAACAACCGGCGGAAGGCCGAAGAUUCUGGCAAGGGACCAAAUAAGAAGAUGAAACCAAGCAGUGUCGAGCCACCGUCGGAUCUUGAUUCAGAUGAUGAAGACAUGAAGAAGUUCUCGGGAGAUCCUAAGAAGAUGACAGACGAAGAAAAGAGACGUAACUUCCUGGAGCGCAACCGUGUCGCUGCCUUGAAAUGUCGUCAACGGAAGAAGCAGUGGCUGGCCAACCUGCAGGCUAAGGUUGAGCUUUUCACCACUGAGAAUGAUGCUUUGACCGCUACCGUUACUCAACUCCGCGAGGAGAUUGUGAAUCUCAAGACCCUUCUCCUCGCCCACAAGGACUGUCCCGUUUCCCAGGCUCAAGGACUUGGCCCUCUUAUGAUGAAUGGCAUGUCAACUGGGUAUGAACACCACGGAUAUGCCAUGCCCGGACAGAUGGGUAUGCCGCCAGGUGCCCCGAUUCCUACCCAGGGCAUGCGACGGGCGUGA